AGCUCCGAGUCCAAAACCCCCCGGCCUGCCUCCCCGUCGUCUCAGGAGGGCACCGAGGAAGCCCCAACCUCGUCCACCGCCACCCCUGCCCUCACCACUGGAGUCACAGAGGACAUCGCCAACGGCUACAGGACGUGCCUGCGCUACUUUUUGCCGCCGCAGUGGAUCAUGGACAAGGACGCGAUCACGGCUAUGUCCUUGCAAGAGUUGUCGGACUUCCCUCUAGACGACUUCUUCGACCAUUACGAGAGGGGUCUACGCAGGCUGGUCAGUAACUUCCAGACUGAGGCGUCCCUGCGCAAACAAGAGUGUGAGGAGGCCAAGGCCAAGCUGGUCUCCGUGAGGAAACUCAUCGCAAAACUACUCAAGUCUACAAACGAGGACUUUGACAUUGACCCUGAGGAGUCCGGCGACCAGGUGGACGAACUUCUGGCGGCCUGCGUGAGACAAGCCACGGCCCCGCCCUCCUGAGACUCGUUGCUGCCCCCUCCGCGCCCACCCCCCACCCCCCACCCCCUACGAUAACCUCCAUACGUCUUAUUAUGUUUUUACACUCAAGCAUUCACGCGCACGCUACGAACACACACACACACACACACACACACACACACUCUCUCUGUCUCUGUCUCUC